AUGUCCUCCAAAGUCAAGGUCUUCGUUAACGAUGAAGGCAAGCCAGCGAACAUUCCGGACUACGAGACGAUCAUCACGCAGUCUUCCAACCUGCGUCGCCGCCAGGCUACCGCCACCAACAUCAACGGUGUGCGAAUCGCUCUCGACAAGAUGUCUGAUCUCGACGUCAGCAAUAUCUGGGUCAAGUUUGGGCGCACCAUAACCAUGGGCGAGGCCAAUACGCAGCGCUUUGUCGCGCAAUACCUUCAAGCCAAUAACAUCCCUGCCGUGCGUGCCCCUCGCGUUUACCUCGCCUUCACGUGGGGCGUCUUCGGUUACAUCGUCACCGAGUAUAUCGACGGGCAGACAUGCGACAACUCCGAUAUUACCCUCGUCGCAGCCGCCGUGCAGGCCCUGAUCAACAUCCCGAGCCCCAGUUUGACGCCUGGACCCGUGGGAGGAGGCCUGAUCGAGCACCCCUUUUUCUACGACCGGAAGUCCUCCAUCCAGUACGAAUCCGUCGAGGAGCUACAGGAUCAUGUGAACGGGAUUCUCUUCGAGACGGGGAGGACGAGGCGUGUUAGCUUCACCGACGAGCUCGCCAGUCACGGCCUGCUCCUCUGCGUAUCUGACCUGAAACCUGUCAACUUCAUGAAGGAUAGGGAGAAUAGGAUCGUUGCCGUGGAUUUUGGCGGCUACUCCUUCCUGCCGCCCUCCUUCUUCGCCUUCGCGCUGAAACACGGAGGCUGUUCAGAUUUCGCACACCGCAUCGCCAGCAUGCUCGAGUAUCCACCAUCACCAUCUGCACAUGUUGCGGCAAUGGUGAGCGCCUCCUGCGCGCUGGCCCCAUAUUCAAGCAAUGAUAUCGGCGUUCCGGAGAGACUCCAGUCCAGGCUUCAAUCAGUACACGCUGCGCACACGCGGUCCAUCGCUUAA